AUUUAAUUUCAGGCAAUAAUGCGAUAUCGGGCCAAAAUUCUAUCCGGGUCGAUAUAAUUGUAAUACAAAACUCACACUGUAAAUGAGUAGGGUUUUUGUUUUCUCACUCUAAAACCCCCACUGUUUUUCCCUCUUCUCUCUACAAAUUCAGAUAUAAAUAACAGGAGUCGUGAGUUCUCUAUUACAAUGCAUGCGAUUAGGGGAAGCUGGGUUGGGCAAACAUUUGCUCUAGCCAGGUGCCAUAAUUCUGGAGAGAAGAAAGCGCGAAGUAGGCCUUCGAAAGAGGAGAGGAAGGAAUUAGUGGUGUCCUUUAUAAAGAAAUAUCAACUCUCAAAUAAAGGGGACUUCCCAUCGCUCACUGUCACAAAGAGGGAAGUCGGCGGGUCUUUCUACACAAUUCGUGAAAUUGUCCGGGAAAUAAUCCAAGAAAAUAGAGUGUUGGGCCCAGCUAAGUCGAAAAUAGAUGAGCAAGAUGCCGAUAAUUUUUUUGAUCAUCACCCGCUGGGAUCAGUUGCUAUGGAACCUGACAUUCCCACAGGAUCAUCAAAUGGACCUCAUAUAGUAGAUACUUCUAUCUUGCCUAAUACUCCUCAGAACACAGUGGAAUCACAAUUUUCUGGUAUUAGCGAAAAAUGCCAAGAACUUGAUAACCAAAAGCUCGAUGACGGAAUAAUUGUUAACGGCAAUUUUUACCAAUCUGAACGGACACAAGGUUUUGGUGGAAAGUUGGAGAAUGAACCACCAAUAGUCAGAGGGGACGAUAUUUUGGAGAAAGCAGUUGUGAUUCCUAAGGCCAAAACAAGCCCCCUUGCAGCAGAUAUCAUCAUAGAGACAUUUCCAAUAAAGCCGGUUACUAACACAAUUGCUCUGGAUGGAGAUUCAGGGGAACCACGAGUCAUUGCUGGAACUUUGGAAGAGAAUGAAAGUGUAAACAUGAAUGUGGAAACAGUCAACAGUGUUGAUAUCUUAAAUACAGAGGAUGUUCAAGAAAAGUCUUCUAAAUUUGUGGAUGAGAAAACUAAUUUAAAUGCAGAGGAUGAAGAAGCUGAUUCGUCACCAGAAAUCCUCAAUCACUCUGCAAGGGAAAUUAGCACUGUGCUGCGGGUUGAUGAUGACAGGACGGAUCUUGAAAAAAAGGAUAUCUUGCCUGCUGAAAUACAUCAUACGAGUGUCCCAAAUGGUACAGAAAAUCUCAAUCCCACUCUUAGUGGUGGUUUUCAGGUUCAAUCGAUAUCUGAAGAAGUUAUUGCAACUGAAAAGAAAUCGGGUAUCCAGAAUAGUAGCAGCUCCAAGAAAUCAAGUGAUCCAACAUUAGACAGAAUUAGUCUCGAGUCAUGGGAAGCAAAUACUGACAGAUCUGGUGGGCCGCAAACUAAUAAUCUUCUAGAGUUUGUCAAGGCAUGUAUUACCGCGUUUGUGAAAUUUUGGUCCGAAUAAAGUAUUAUCUGCCUUUGCAUUUUAUCUGCUGCUCUUUGUGUGAAGAGUCGGUGCUUGUAGUCUCAGUAUGUCCUAAAGUUUAGCGUCAGCAUUUCCGGUUAUUUCUUGCCAACUUCAUAUGCUGUGUUUGACUAGCAGUUGAGUGAUUGCUGUGGAAAUAAUUACUGUACGAUAUCUUGCACCAUGAGCAUCUUAGAUUAUAUAUCAAGCUUGAUAGAUCUUUGUAGGUAGCCAAUGCGUCAAGUUCCUUCUGAUUAUGUAUCUUAUUGUAGAUCUAAACUGUGAGUGUGUUUUUUUCUGAAACUGUGAGUUUUUAAAAAUUAAACUAGCACAAAUGAUCUUUAUUCUUAGCGGAGAAAUAUUCCAGUUGUUUGUA